UUUCUGCGUCGUCGUCUGCAGUGAGGGUUCCCAUUGAAGAGCAUCUUCUCCAUUUCCAGAAAAACAAAGGACUGUUCAAUCAAAUGGCUUUGGCAAGUUGCAGAAGUAAUAGGUUCAUAAGCUAUCUCAUGAGCUUCAGCCGAUUCUUCUCUUCAACUCCCUUUGGUCCACCGCCUCCUUUGCCUUCUCGCAGAGUUGUUGUCACAGGUUUAGGGAUGGUUACACCUUUAGGUUGUGGUGUGGAAGCGACCUGGAAACGUUUAACUGAAGGGGAGUGUGGAAUUAGAGCAGUAACUAUUGAAGAUUUGAAAAUGAAUGGUUUCGAUCUGGAAACACAGCAGCAAACUUUUGAUCAAUUGACAUCUAAAGUUGCUGGAGUUGUACCCUGUGGAUCCAACCCGGAUGAAUUUGAUGAGGAGUUGUGGCUUCACUCUAAGGAUCACAGGUCUAUUGCCAGGUUUAUAAGUUAUGCACUUUGUGCUGCUGAAGAGGCUCUAAGAGAUGCAAAUUAUAUGCCCACCCAGCAGGAUGAGAAAGAAAGAGUGGGAGUUUCUAUAGGUGCUGGGACUGGUAGCAUUUGUGAUAUACUGGAUGCUUCAAAAAUGAUUUGUGAGAAGAAACUACGCCGGUUGAGUCCAUUUUUCAUUCCGAGGAUACUUAUUAACAUGGCUUCUGGCCAUGUGAGCAUGAAGUAUGGAUUUCAGGGACCAAACCAUGCAGCAGUGACAGCUUGUGCAACCGGGGCACAUUCUAUUGGAGAUGCGGCCAGGAUGAUUCAAUUUGGGGAUGCAGAUGUUAUGGUUGCCGGGGGAACUGAGGCAAGCAUUGAUGCAUUGUCCAUAGCCGGAUUUUGUAGGUCUAGGGCACUGACAACCAAGUAUAAUGAUGUUCCUCAAGAAGCCUCGAGACCUUUCGACUCUGCUCGAGAUGGAUUUGUUAUAGGUGAAGGUUCUGGAGUCCUGGUCUUGGAGGAACUCGAGCAUGCAAAGAAGCGAGGAGCUCGAGUGUAUGCAGAGUUUCGCGGUUAUGGGAUGUCAGGCGAUGCAUAUCACAUUACUCAACCACAUGGUGAUGGAAGAGGAGCCUUUUUAGCCAUGGCCUGCGCUCUGAAACAGUCGGGCUUGAAACCUAACCAGGUGGAUUACAUCAAUGCACAUGCUACUUCUACUCCUUUGGGCGAUGCAGUGGAAGCAAAGGCAAUUCAGUCCUUAUUUUGUAGUCACGCAACAUCGGGUUCUUUAUCUCUGUCCUCCACCAAGGGUGCCACCGGACAUCUCCUCGGGGCAGCUGGAUCAGUCGAAGCAAUAUUCUCCAUCUUAGCCAUACACCAUGGAGUCGCGCCUCCAACCCUCAACCUCACAAAACCCGAUCCCAUAUUUAAUGGCGAUUUUGUGCCGUUGAGGACUUCAAAGAAGAUGACCAUCAAAGCUGCAUUGUCAAACUCUUUCGGCUUCGGUGGAACCAAUUCCUCCCUCCUCUUCACAUCCAUAGAUUAAGAGGUAUGGUGCUCGAAUUCGUCGAUAAUUAUGGUCUUAGAGAGAAUUGUCGUAUUUCUACAACCUACUCGGCUAUCGAUGUCUUCGAUUCACCUCCAUUUUUGGUAGUGUUUUUUGGUUAAUUUCUUAACUAGAGCUAUAAAAAUUCUUUUCUAUCUAUCAAGGGUUUCUCUACUUCGAUGUUUAGUUUUGGAUUGUGAUAAGAAUAAUAGUUUGAUUAUGAUAUUUUGUGUAAAGUAAUACUCCCUCCGUCCCACAUACCAUGU